CCUCCCUUCCUCUAGUCCUGCAGCCAAUUAGACAGCCCCCUCGGGCGGGAGGCGUGGGGCGCUCCAUAAAGCGGCGCGGAGCUGUCACCCCGCGAGUAGGCUGCGCACCGCCCAGGCCGGAGCAGGCGCCGAAGACUCGGGCGCUUCGGACCCGGGAGCGUGGAGGAGCCAUGGCCACCACCAACGGGGCCGUGGAGAACGGGCAGCCGGACAGGAAGUCUCCCACCCUGCCGCGCCCCGUGCGCAACCUGGAGGUUAAGUUCACCAAGAUAUUCAUCAACAAUGAAUGGAACGAAUCCAAGAGUGGAAAAAAGUUUGCCACAUAUAACCCUUCAACUCUAGAGAAAAUAUGUGAAGUGGAAGAAGGAGAUAAGCUCGACGUAGACAAGGCCGUGGAGGCUGCACAAGCCGCCUUCCAGAGAGGCUCGCCGUGGCGCCGGCUGGAUGCCCUAAGCCGCGGCCGGCUGCUGCACCAACUGGCGGAUCUCAUGGAGAGGGACCGCGCCGUCCUGGCCACCCUGGAAACGAUGGACACAGGGAAGCCGUUCCUUCACGCCUUUUUCAUCGACCUGGAGGGCUGUAUCAAAACCCUUCGAUACUUUGCAGGGUGGGCAGACAAAAUACAGGGCAGGACCAUCCCCACAGAUGACAAUGUUGUGUGUUUCACCAGGCACGAGCCCAUAGGUGUGUGUGGGGCCAUCACUCCUUGGAACUUCCCUCUGCUGAUGCUGGUGUGGAAGCUGGCACCCGCUCUCUGCUGUGGGAACACCGUGGUCGUGAAGCCAGCGGAGCAGACUCCCCUCACGGCCCUCUAUCUCGGCUCUUUGAUCAAAGAGGUGGGAUUCCCUCCGGGCGUGGUGAACAUCGUGCCAGGAUUUGGGCCCACGGUGGGAGCAGCAAUUUCUUCUCACCCUCAGAUCAACAAGAUAGCCUUCACUGGGUCCACAGAGGUUGGAAAGCUGGUUAAAGAAGCCGCCUCCCAUAGCAACCUGAAGAGGGUGACACUGGAGCUUGGUGGGAAAAACCCCUGCAUCGUGUGUGCUGAUGCCGACCUGGACUUGGCAGUGGAGUGCGCCCAUCAGGGAGUGUUCUUCAACCAAGGCCAGUGCUGCACGGCCGCCUCCAGGGUAUUUGUGGAGGAGCAGGUCUAUGAUGAGUUUGUCAGGCGGAGCGUGGAGUUCGCCAAGAAACGGCCCAUUGGAGACCCCUUCGACAUCAGGACCGAACAGGGGCCCCAGAUUGACCAGAAGCAGUUCAACAAAAUCCUCGAUCUGAUUGAGAGUGGAAAGAAGGAGGGAGCCAAGCUGGAAUAUGGGGGCUCGGCCAUGGAAGACAGGGGGCUCUUCAUCAAACCCACUGUCUUCUCAGAAGUUACCGACACCAUGCGGAUCGCCAAAGAGGAGAUUUUUGGACCGGUGCAGCCAAUACUGAAGUUCAAAAAUAUCGAAGAAGUGAUAAAAAGAGCAAAUAGCCUUGAAUACGGACUAACAGCAGCUGUGUUCACAAAAAACCUCGACAAAGCACUGAAGCUGGCUUCCGCAUUAGAGUCUGGAACUGUCUGGAUCAACUGCUACAAUGCCAUCUACGCACAGGCUCCAUUUGGUGGCUUUAAAAUGUCGGGGAAUGGCAGAGAACUAGGUGAAUAUGCGCUGGCUGAAUACACAGAAGUGAAAACUGUCACCAUCAAACUCGACGACAAGGACCCCUGAAGGAAAGGCAGGCUCCUUCCUCAAACAUCUGACAGCUGAAUGUGGCAGAUCUAACUUGCUGAAGAAAACCUACAUUCUGACCUUCCUGGGAUGCUUUCUUCUGGAGACUUUAAAUCUACUGGAUUUGAACGAUUUUUAUUUUCCUCUCACACUCCUGUUUUAUUGACCAAAAUGUUGUGUGUGAAAUUGUAGUCCUGCUUGGGGAUGGGACUAGUGGCCAUCUCUGUUUUCCACUUUCCACCAGAUCCCGGGGACAGUGAGGGUGUUGUCAACAGGAAGUCAACAGGAAGUGGUAUUUGAAGUAUCGAGCAGUAGCUUAAAAAUGCUUUGUUGACUCUGACUUCAGUAAGAAUUUGGAAAAAAAAAAAUCCCUGCGUGUUCUGCAAACAGGGCUCUGUACCUGCGGGUUCCUCAGGGUUACCUGCCCACAGAACAAGCCCCUCCUACCAUUCAGUGGGAAGGAAUAGCAGUAAGUUUAAAAAAAAGUUAAAAACAAGGUUGGGAGUAUCAGAUGUGGGGAGCUUUGGGGAAGCACGUACCAUGGAAGGGUCCUGAAGGCCUUGGAUGUGAAUGGUCUUCAAGGACUGUAUGUUGACAUUGACAAUGGAACUCAGCUUAAAACCAAUACUGCCUUUGGAAUGUGACCAAAUCAACAGCCCAAAGAGCUUAUCUAAUGCUAUGUCAUUGUCUACCUUAACCAAGGCACUUUCUUAGGCAGGAAAUGUCACUAGUGUCACCAUCGCUGCUAAAGACCCAGUGCUCUAACACUACAACAGUAUAGCAAAUCCUAGGAUCAUUAAGUCCCACAUUUUACAAAUUAGAGCCAUAAUUUGCUUUUCCCAAUUAUGCAUUUCUACCACUUGCCUAUGUAGUUUUCCUUUUCUCCAGUUGGGGUAUCAACACUUUAGUAAGACGUACACAACUGAAAAGACUGCUGUUAUAAUACAGCCCUGGUUUUUCAAAGUCCUACUUUGAUAUUAAUUAGUGAUUGAUUAACAAAUAACAUCUGGACUUCAUGGAGGAACUGGGUCUGCUACUACAGUGGCCUGAGCACAGCAAUAACAGGUUGUGAAUUUUUCUUUUCCUCUGUGUAUCCAAAGGAUGUGCAAUUCCAAGUUUUAACUUGGAAAACUGAAAGUGUUCCCGUAUAGCUUUAAAAACACAAAACCAAACUGAAAUUGUGUUAUUCAGAUACUUUUACUAUUACUAACUAGUACUUUUCUAACGGUGCUUAUGUUUGAGAAUUAAGUUAUGUUUGAGAAUUAAAUUGGGGCGGUAGUAAUAAAAUGGAGGUCAGUGUCAAAACCAGUGUAUGUAUAGAGAAAGUCUUAGGUGAAGUGAGGUUAUCAUUCUUGGUGGAAAUAUGCACUAUGCAAUUCACCUUCUCUCAAUCAGUUAACACAUCACUUAGACUAUCAGUCACUUGUUAAAUCAGGAUUUGACUUCAUACACUGAAUUUUCAGGAUUUUUCUCAAGUAACUAUAAACACUAACCUUGAUAAUAAUACAUUAGAGGGUUCUUAUUCUUUCAUUGUACAAUAAUGCCUUUAAUAUGAAAUGCUACAUUAUUUAUAAUUGGUAUAAUGUAUCUUUUUAUAGUUGUAAGUAAACAGAGGUGAUGUAUUUAACCUUCUGUAAUAUACUGUAUUUAUCUAUAUAGUAUUAGAUUUCACUUCUGUUAAGGUUUACUCCUGUGGUAUGGUUUAAAAAAUCUACUGGCCUGGGAAUUCUGACCCUAACUGCAGAUUGUGUUCAACAAUGCAACAACU